CGAAACGCAGGAGAACUGUCCAGGGCGCGCACGUCUGAAUGAUCCUAGCUUCAUUUGGGAACUGACAACUCCUCUCAUCCGACUUGUGUUCUUCAAGCUCGCUUCAUUUUCACCCUGCUAACAUUUUGUGUUAUUGUGGAGCACCUGCCCUGAGCUCAGGAGGCACAGCCGGCUCCUCACUAAGGCUCCGGGAGUUGGACGAGCCAGCUGAGCCGGAGAGCUCCCCCGCGAAACGCGUGAUGGGACACGGGAGGAUCGCUGCCGCUGUUUGCACGUACACCUGAGGACCCUGUGGAUUUAAAUACAUUUUCAGGGAGGGAAAUAAGACACUAAGAUUUACUCGCUUUUUAAGAAGAAACUUUCAUCAGUCACUCGGAGCUGUGUGCCUCCUCCAGCGACUCCUUUACUUUAUUCAGACGCACGGUUUGGGGGAUUUUGGUUAAAGUUGGAACGAUGGUCUCAUCCGACUGCUUCAAACUGCUCGUUUUCAUCAUCUGCUCUUCACUCUCAAAUGGGCAUUUGGACAGAGAUCAUUCCCCUAAGAUUCUUCCCUCUGAGAAUCCCAUCAUCCUUCGUAAUGAUGAUUCAUUGAACCUCAUAUGCAGAGGUCAUGGCUCGCUGCACUGGACACUUGCCGAUCCCUUGCGAUCCCUUUCAUUAGAGGGGGUGCGGACGGAGCCGUGUGAACCAAGACAUCACUCUCAUUCGCACUGCAGCAAUCUGACAGUCACACGUUUGAUCGCCAAUGACACAGGGAAGUACAGCUGUAAAUACACCAAAGAUGGUUCGGACCACGUCACCUCGACCUACGUCUAUGUCAAAGAUUCUGAGAAACCUUUUGUGCCGAAUUAUCCGUCACCUCACAUGCUGGGAAUCUACAGGCAUGAGACCAGCCUCAUUCUGCCAUGCAGGACUACCUCUCCUGAUGCUGUUGUAACACUUAUAGGGGUACCACCAUUAACAGAGAAGAUUGUUAAGGAGAUGGUUUGGGAUCCAAAGGUGGGAUUCAAGAUUCCCUACGGUCCCUUCACUUCGUACUUCUCACUCACCUGUCGAACCGUGGUUAACGGUAGUGAGUUCCAAGCAAUGUACUAUCCCAAAAGACUGACUAUGGUUCUUAAUAAUGUAAAAAUCACCCCAGAUCAUGUAAGACUCUUGGUUGGAGACACCCUCUUACUCAACUGCACGGGUGAGACCACCUUUAAUGGAAGAAUCAACUUUACGUGGGAUUUUCAAAAGAAGAGAGAAAAUCGACAUGAUAUUAUUAAAUCCAAAGUCCGCCCUGCUUUAGACUUUGUGAUGAGCAGUGCUUUAGUGUUGCCAAACAUCACCAUGGAGGAUAAAGGGCUGUACCGCUGCAAAGCUGAGGUUGAUAGCACCAAACACAAGAAUACCACAGCAAAACUCCUCAUCUUUGAGCAUCCGUUCCUCAACGUCUCCUACAAGCACAGGCGGAACAGUACAGUGACCGUCGAAGAAGGUAAAAGGAAGCACGUGUUUGAACCCAAGGUCAACGCCCUGCCCCCACCAGACCUGAUAGCAUGGUAUAAGGACGGGGUCCUUAUCAAGAAGAAUUCCACCUGUUACAAGAUGUCUGGCUACAACUUAUUCAUCACGGAUGUGGAGCAGAAGCAUGCUGGGGUCUUCACCAUAAGCCUUGGCAGCCAAUCAAAGGGCUUGUACAAGAAUCUGAGCUACACUCUGGUAGUCAAGGUGAAGCCAACUAUUUCAGAGGCGGAGAUUGCCACUGUGGACGUGCAGCCUUACAUGCUUGGCAAAAAGCAUCAGCUAACCUGCACUGCUUAUGGGUUGCCCCUGCCAACCGUCACGUGGCUCUGGCAGCCAUGUCGCUCGGAUCCUACGCUUACAAAUUGCAUUUCUUACACUGAACCAAUCCCGGUCAGUACUGAUAACAGGGGAAAUUACUCGCACAACUGGAUUAAGAGCAUAAGCACAAAGCUUGAACUGGUUAAAGGAAAAAACAAGACUUUGGGUGUGCUGGUGAUUGGAGAGGCGAGCGUGUCAGGAAAGUACUCCUGUGUGGCCUCGAAUAAGGAGGGCUCCAGCACCCUGACGAUCCCCUUUUAUGUGUAUGAUAACUCAGAGGAGGUUACCACUGAGCCUCGGAAAGCCAUCGAAGGCGAUGACGUCACUCUGACCUGUCGGGUAGCUCGCUACCUUUACACAGAUCUGCGGUGGUUGGACUCCAAGAAUCAAACAGUCACUGCCAAUGUAUCCAGUCUCCAGCUCAGUCGCUACUCCAUUUCCCUUGCUCUCCAUCUGCAUAAUGUGUCCAAAAACAGCACUGCAGGGUACCAGUGCCAGGCAUACAAGCUGCACGAGAGGAUUGAGCUGAAGAACGCUGCACUUAUUGUGGAUGCGAGAAAACGCCCCUGGCUGAGUCAAAAUCUGACCAAUCAGGAUGUGAACAGUAGCAGCACCCUGAUGCUGGCUUGCUUCGCUCUGGGAGUUCCCCGACCCUUCGUCGUGUGGUACAAAAAUGGUGUUCCAGUGGAAGACGGCCCAGGUAUAUCACUGGGAGAAGACGGGGUCCUGACCAUCGAAAGGGUGAAGAAAGACGAUGAGGGUCUGUACGAGUGUGUAGCCAGUAAUGACGAGGGUGUCGCGAAAACAAGUGCAGUCGUUACCGUGCUCGGGGACGAAGGGAAGGCCAACGUAGAGGUAAUAAUUCUGGUGUGUACGGGAGCCGCAGCCACCUUCCUCUGGCUCAUGCUUAUCCUCUUCAUCCGCAAGCUGAGAAAGCAACCAGCUCACUACAAGAUGGGUCCAUCUAUCAUUAUUGACCCUGAUGAGUGUCCCCUCGAGGAGCAGAACGAUCUUCUCCAGUACGACAGCAACAAAUGGGAGUUUCCCCGUGACCGUCUUCGCCUAGGCAAGACUCUCGGCCACGGAGCUUUUGGAAAAGUGGUGGAGGCUUCUGCCUUCGGCAUCGAUAAGCUCUCGACCUGCAAGACUGUGGCUGUCAAAAUGCUGAAAGGAGGGGCGACGUCAAAUGAGCGGAAAGCUCUAAUGUCAGAGUUAAAGAUCCUGAUCCACAUCGGCCAUCACCUGAACGUGGUCAACCUGCUGGGAGCCUGCACGAAGCCUGGAGGACCACUGAUGAUGAUCGUGGAGUUCUGCAGGUACGGCAACUUGUCGAACUAUUUGAGAAGCAAGAGAGAAGACUUCCUCGUCUACAAGAGCCAGGACGGUAAGGUGGUGUCAUCGGGGUCGUCCUGCCAGCUGAGCGAGCUGAUGAAGCGCCGCCUGGAGAGCGUGGCCAGCACCGGAAGCUCCGCCAGCUCCGGGUUCAUCGAAGAUAAGAGCUACUGCGACUCAGAGGAAGAGGAAGAAGAAUCUGAGGAUUUAUAUAAGAGAGUCUUGACAUUGGAAGAUUUAAUCUGCUACAGUUUCCAAGUCGCUAAGGGGAUGGAGUUCUUGGCCUCACGCAAGUGCAUCCAUCGAGAUCUGGCUGCACGAAACAUUCUGCUUUCAGAGAACAAUGUUGUGAAGAUUUGUGACUUUGGACUUGCCAGAGACAUCUACAAAGACCCUGAUUACGUGCGCAAAGGAGAUGCCAGACUGCCGCUCAAAUGGAUGGCACCUGAGGCCAUUUUUGACAAGAUCUACACAACCCAGAGUGAUGUUUGGUCUUUCGGUGUUCUCAUGUGGGAGAUCUUCUCUCUGGGUGCGUCCCCGUACCCUGGUGUGCAAAUUGAUGAAGAGUUUUGCUGCAGAUUGAAAGACGGGACAAGGAUGAGAGCGCCAGAAUACUCUUCAACUGAAAUAUACCAGACCAUGUUGGACUGCUGGCACGGGGAGCCACAGGGGCGACCCACCUUCAUUGAGCUGGUGGAAAGCCUGGGAGACCUGCUUCAGGCCAGUGUGCAGCAGGAGGGGAAGCACUAUAUACCCAUCAACACAGCCCUGCUGGGUAAGAUGGGAGACCCCUCCACCACAGCGCCAUCAGAGGAGACAACCACGCGACCCAGCUCCCAUUGUGACUCAGGGAGCAACUGGAACAUCAAGAUCCGUCCCGCUAGUGUGAAAACGUUUGACGAGGUCACCAUGGAGGACGGGACAAAUGAGAACCAUGAGGGCGGGCGGUCAGACAGUGGGAUGGGCCUUUCAUCUGACAAUAUGAAGACACUGAAGCGCCUCGAAUCGCUGGCGGGUCGACCACUGAGCAUCAUGGCUCUUGCGAUGAAGGCAGUAAGUAAGAGCAAAGAAUCUGUGCUGUGUGACCCAGAGAAGGAGAAGUACCCCCCAACUGUUCCCUCUCUGGACUUCGGCAUGAACGACUCGGUGCUGGACGACUCAGCCCUGGACGUCGGCCUGGAGUGUCACAGCCCGCCGCCUGACUACAACUAUGUGGUGCGCUACUCCACCCCACCUGUCUAACCUCCAGCUCUUCUUCUCGGCAGCCUGAAGGCCAUCGCUUCGUUCUCCUUCGUUUGGACUCUUAUCUCCGGACUGUCCUGCGGCAGCAUCUGAGAGGGAAACCCCACCAGGUUCCCUCUUAGAACAGACGCUCUGAAACCGCUCGUGAAUCUACUCGACUGUUACUUCUGCAUCUUCUAAAUUCUGGAGCUUCCGCUGUGCAACAAAAGAAAAACCUGUAGAAGUUGAUUCAGACAUUAGGCCUAAAGCUGCUGGUCCGUUCCAUGCUCACUGUGAUUUGUCAAACAGCUGAAAGCAGGCUCAGGUAUUUCUUUUAUCUACUGUGAAAACAAAACGCGAUGAUUCCACCUUCACCACAGAUCUUUACAAACUACAUUAAACAAUAACUCCCAUAAAAGAAAGGAGAAAUGAUAGCUGAGACCUUUAUUUUUUUUUAUAAUUUGUACUGGGAAAAAAACUGUUUGGUAAAGAGGCUCUUUAUGAGGUGCAGCUAUUUUUUCAUAGGAUCUUGGCUAAAGUCAGUAAAAAGCAAUAUCUAAAAUAAGAUAAUGAUAAAUUCUGAAAAGUACAAAUAUAAAUAUAUCAGCUCUAUGAACUCAGGUUGGCUCACAGUGACUGAGGAGAGGACUGCUCUGUCAUGUGGUGGAUGAGGAUUUCUUAAGAUAUAGGAAAUCACAGGUUAAUGGAGGAAACAGGGUAAAGCUGAGAUUCAACAAUAUAUUCAGAUUCCUUCUGCCCCAGAUCUGGUGUUGAAGAAACUCAAGUUUUUUUGUUUGGUUGAACUAAAAAGAGCGAAGGAAACCAGAUGUGUUUAUAUUUGUUUUGUAUAAACUCAGUUUGAAAAACAGAACAAAACUUAAUAGAAACGUCUUCUUUAGAAAGCAUUAGUGAAAUAAACUGUGUAUUUAUUUAGUAAACACUGUCACUUAGUGUUCACAUAGAUUCAGAUAUAAGACCAGUCUUCUUAACUCUAACUCCACACGUACAUGCUGUCUGUGCUGCUGUAUAAACUGAUAUUAAAGCUGAGGGAAUCUGCCUCUGGAGGAAACACACGUGUGAGUUUUCUCCGUCCUCCCUCCUGUGCUGAGUGUUAGUUAAAGCUUGCAGGGCAGGCUACAACGACUCUGCAUGUGUGUGAAGUUCUGUUCCUCUCCACAGUGUUAUUAUCUGUUCAUCUCCAUGUUUGAGCAACAUUUCAGGCUGAUUAUUUGUGAUACACAAUGUAUUGUGUGCAAACUGUGGACCAAACCUUCACUCGAACUCAUGUGUCGCUGCACACACACCCUGUAGAGAAGCAGUUAGCUCGUAGUCAAUGACCUGGUUUUAACAUCCGGCCUGAGUGAUGGAAUGAAAAGUGGUCAGCACUAAAUUCAGGUGUGAACACACCCAGAUAAAUCCUGAAUGCAUCCUGAGAUCCGAUCACUUGAACCACAAUCGGCGGUGGUCUGGGAAACAUUUGGCCACAUUCUUCUCGCUGUGUGAACGCAGAUGCUUCAUGGGUCAUGUGUAGGACGGCUUAGUCAGCUGAGUUCCUCUAACAGUUUCAUAAUGAAUCAAACUUGGUUUUACGCCUCUUACCGUCCAUUAACUGAUGUUUUUGUUACCGCAAUGUUAAGACAUCGUCAAAUAUUUCUUCAUAGAAUAUCUUCCCACGGCAUCGAUUCAGUCAGUCCCUCCUGACUCUGUGACUCUCUCUCUGUUACUCAGGUCCACACACAGACAUUGUCAUCGGCCACAUCUUUAAAGUUUUGAACUUUGUAGACUCAAAUGACCCACGUCAUUAUUUGUAUAUAGAGCGAUUGAGUAAGAUUCGAUCACAAGCAGGAGACACAUUCAGGACGCUUUUUUUGUAAAUACCAGGUGUUAACAGGCAAACUCAAUUUAUGUCUAUUUUUGAUCAUAUCUCUCAGGACGAAUGUUAAUACCAGGUGUGAACAGGGCCUAUGAUGACUGAUGCAAAGUGUAAAGUGGAUAUUUUGAAUCCAAACUGAUGUAUUAUUUGUGGAUCCAAUUUGUUUAGGAUUGUGGACAGGAAGUGAUGAUGCACUGAUACUUUAUAUCAAGUAUAAUGUUUGUUUUGUAUUCUAAAGCUAUAUUAUUAUGAAACAGUGUUGAGGGUUACAUUUUAUGAAGAUUUCUGAUUUUUAUUUUGCAUUUUUAUUUAACUCUUAACUCUAGUGCUUAGUAGGAAAUUAUUGUUCACUGUAUUUGUUAUUGUUUACCGCCUAACAUCGUCAUGUUCACUUAUUAUAACCCAGUCUUUUUUAUUUUAGUUACUCCUCUCACGAUAACAACCUUAAUGCAAAGAUAAAUUAUUAGUAUUUGGAUUUUGUUGCUUUCUAUAUAUAUAUCACAAUGAGUAAUGAUUCCUGCAGCAGCUCAAACAUCAACGUAGCUUCUUCUGUUUUGUUCAUGUAGCGUUAACAAGUUAGUUUGAAUGAAAGUGAUGUUCCCUGACACUGUUAACUGAGCAUAUGAAGUAAAUAAAUAAAUAAAGAAUUAUAUAUUUAUACAUUA